GCAGCGCAACACUCUAGACACAUUUGAUCCUUUGACUGCGUUAUAGUCUGAAAUAUGAAUAUUUCUAAUCCAGUUUCCGCAGAAGUUCGGUCGGUGCAUUUUUCGUUUUAUAGCCCACAAGACCUCCGCAAACUCUCUGUCAAACAAAUUACAAACCCCAUUAUAUUCGAUAAUCUCGAUCAUCCAACACCCCAAGGUCUCUAUGAUUCUGCUCUUGGUCCAUCUGGAAUAGAUUCCACUUGUUCAACCUGCUCAUUGGGAUUCUCCAAUUGUCCUGGUCACUUUGGGCAUAUUGAACUUUCUGUUCCUGUUUACAAUUCUGUCAACUUUAAGCUUCUAUAUAAGCUGUUGCAGUCCACUUGCUACUACUGCCACCACCUGCGUACUUCAAGAUCAGUGAUACACAGUUUUGUUGCCAAACUCAAGCUCAUUCAUGCUGGCUUAAUUGUUGAAGCCGCCGAACUAGAUUCAGCUUUUCCAAAAAACUCGUCAUCCACUAAUAAAUCUUCAACUUUCAUAAAUGACGAGGCUGAAGAAGAUCAUGAGGACAUGAUUUCUAAAUCCUUUAUGAAUGUGGAUACUGAGGACUCUGAACCACAAGAUUCGGCCGGCUCUGUGAAUUUUGAAAAAAGAACUUCUGCUCAGAUUAUAGCUGCUAUUGAUCGUUUUGUUGAUCAGGCGUUUGCCAAAAAUCCCUAUACUCGCCCUUCAAAGGUUACUCUUCUUACAGCAAAUAUUCGUCGUCUUGAGCGUCAGUUUUUCUCUGCUAUUCCCGCUCAGACCUGCCAAAACUGCCGUGGUCAGUCUCCUAAAUUUCGCAAGGACGGCGAGUCCAAGAUUUUUGAACAACCAUUAAACAACAAGCAAAAAAUGUCUAUGAAUACGCAGAAUCUAACUCCAGAAAACCUGUUUGGACCUAAAAUGCAUGCUGUUGAUGACGAUAAUGAAAAAACUGCCCAGCAAGGUGAUGCCGUUAGUCAAGCAAUCGAUUCUCAAAGGGAAAUCUUUCUUACUCCUUUGCAAGUCAAGGCUCAUAUUGAACUGCUAUGGAAACGAGAAACUGUAGUUUUGGAUCUACUGUUUGGAAACUCGUCUUCAAAAAAAUCGCCUCGUGUAUCUAGUCCACUCAUGUUUUUUUUAGAUGUAGUUUCAGUGACUCCAAAUCGUUUUCGUCCCAUCUCCAAAAUGGGCGAUUCACAGUAUGAAAAUCCUCAAAACAUUUUCCUGACAGCGAUUCUCAAAGCCAAUGUUUCAAUCCAAGAACUUCAGCGCCAAGAAGAAGCGGCUUUAAAGGUGAUUGCAGACGAUCCCAAACUCUAUCAACUACAAAAAGCCGAGUUUCUUAGGCGCAUUAUUGAUGCAUGGAUGAUUCUGCAAAACAGUGUCAAUUAUCUACUAGACAGCUCUAAAUGCCCACUUAGUGUUUCUGGAAAGAUUGCUCCACCUGGUAUACGUCAAUUGCUUGAAAAGAAGGAAGGUCUUUUUCGCAAGCACAUGAUGGGCAAGCGAGUCAAUCAUGCUGCACGCAGUGUUAUUUCUCCCGAUCCCUACAUUGAAACCAACGAAAUUGGUAUCCCCCCUGUUUUUGCUUCCAAACUCACCUAUCCAGAGCCAGUGACUCAUCAUAAUAUUAAAGAAAUGCGAAGAUGUGUUGUUAACGGACCAUUAAAAUGGCCUGGCGCUACCCACGUUGAGAACGAAGAUGGAACGCUUAUAUCUUUGAGUUCUUUUGAUGAUGCUGGUCGAACAGCCAUUGCCAAUCAGCUUCUUACCCCAAGUAUGCAUCAUGGUGAAACCAACCACUCGUAUAACUUUGAUCACGUCAACAAGAAAGUAUAUCGUCAUAUUCGCAAUGGCGAUUUUCUGCUUUUGAAUCGUCAACCCACUCUACAUAAGCCAUCUAUUAUGGCCCAUACUGCUCGUGUGUUGCCUGGGGAAAAAACUAUUCGUAUGCACUAUGCCAACUGUAAUACCUACAAUGCUGAUUUUGAUGGUGAUGAAAUGAAUAUACAUUUCCCCCAAAAUGAGAUUGCUCGUGCCGAAGCCAUGUUGAUUGCACGUAACGAUCAGCAAUAUUUGGUUCCAACUGAUGGCGGUGUACUUCGCGGUCUUAUUCAGGAUCAUGUCGAUGCUGGUGUGGACAUGUGCUCUCGCGAUACAUUCUUUAAUCGCGAAACUUAUAUGCAGCUUGUGUAUAUUGGACUAUGUCCAGAGGGCAUUAUUGGUAGAAAUGGUCGCGUUGUUACACUCCCGCCUGCAAUCAUCAAGCCUGUAGCUAAAUGGACAGGUAAACAGAUCAUUUCAACCAUUCUUGUCAACCUGAUCCCCGAGGAUCGUAAUCUGUUGAAUCUGGUGUCCAAGUCACGUAUUCCUGCAAAGCAGUGGGGGCCUUCUGCGCCUGAGGAGCAAACGGUCAUAUUUAUGGAUGGCGAUCUUUUAACUGGUAUUCUUGACAAGUCUCAAUUUGGUGCUAGUGCCAACGGUCUUGUACAUGCUGUAUAUGAAGUAUAUGGUGCUUCGUAUGCAGGAAAGCUUCUUUCUAUUCUCGGUAGACUGUUUACCUCUUACCUUCAGUUUGCUGGCUUUACCUGUCGUAUGGAUGAUUUGCGGCUUACUCCUGAAGGUGAUGCUGUUCGCUGUGAGUUGAUUGAAAGUGCAAGUAGUAUUGGACUGGACGCAAUUUCAGAAAUUACUGGUGGUGACAAAACUGCUCUUGCCAAGAAUAUUGAACUUAACGUAGCGCUCGAGCAAGUAUUGCGCAAUUCUGAAAAAAUGGCUGCUUUGGAUAGUGCAAUGAAGUCUCGUACCAACAAAGUGACCUCGAAAAUCAUUUCAUCUUGUGUGCCAGACAGGCUUCUUAAACCGUUUCCCCAUAACAAUAUGCAGGUCAUGACUGUAUCAGGUGCCAAGGGAUCAGGUGUCAAUGUAUCUCAGAUCUCAUGUUUGCUGGGUCAACAAGAACUAGAGGGUAAGCGUGUUCCUACUAUGAUUUCUGGAAAAACACUUCCGAGCUUUUUAGCGUAUGAUACAUCAGCGCGUGCAGGUGGAUACAUUACUGGUCGUUUUUUGACUGGCAUCAAACCACAAGAGUACUAUUUUCAUUGUAUGGCUGGUCGUGAAGGAUUGAUUGAUACAGCAGUCAAAACCUCUCGCUCUGGUUAUCUCCAGCGUUGUCUCAUCAAGCAUCUCGAGGGCCUUUCUGUGCAUUAUGAUCAUACUGUGCGAGAUAUGGAUGGAUCUUUGCUUCAGUUUCAAUAUGGCGAAGAUGCAUUGGACGUUGUCAAGCAAACCACAUUGCAAAAGUUUGACUUUUGUGCAUUAAACUAUCGCGCUUUGUUGAAACGAUAUGAUCCAAGUGCUUUGGCAGGAAAAGUAGACGACGAGUCUCUUGAAAGGUAUUUAAAAAAGCAGCGCAAGCAGGAUCGCGAGUCUAUUCGUGAAAGCGGCGGUUCAUUCAAACCCAAUCACGAUCCUAUUUUGUCUAUUUUUAGUCCAAGUAGACAUAUUGGUUCUGUUUCAGACGGGUUCGCCGAUGCACUUUCUGCAUACAUUGAAAAAAACACAUCACAGCUGUUGUACACAUCCUCUUCAAAAAAGACUCACAAAAACAGGACUGACGAAAACGGUGAAGCACGACCUGUCAAAGAUACUUGGUCAGUUCCAAAAAUAUCUGCACGCAAAUUCAAAGUUCUUAUGGAACUUAGAUAUAUGCAUUCCCUAGUUGAACCUGGCGAAGCCGUUGGACUUCUUGCAGCACAAAGUAUUGGCGAGCCUUCGACUCAAAUGACUCUCAACACUUUUCAUUUUGCAGGAUUUGGUGCCAAAAAUGUUACACUUGGUAUUCCACGUCUUCGUGAAAUCAUUAUGACGGCUUCACAAUCUAUUCAAACGCCUCUGAUGCGCUUGCCACUUAAACAAGAAGCUACUGUAGAUCAAGCACACCAAAUAGCCGAUCAAAUCAGUCGAGUUGUGUUAUCCCAGAUUAUGCAUGGUGUGACAGUGUCGGAAACACUCGUUCCAAAAACACCUGAAAGGCAAAAGCGGGUUAAACAGUUUUGCGUGAGACUCGAGUUGUGGCCACAAGAAGCGUGCCAAAGACAAUAUGGCAUCACUGACGAAGAUAUUGGAAAUAUUAUUGAAAAGAAAUUUGUUCCUAUUUUAGACCGGACCAUUAUGCGUAUGCUCAAGGUUAAAUUUACUGGCGAUAAUGCAUCUACUGAAGCUGACGAGGGCCAGACACUUGCUAAAGGAGAUGAUUCUGAAGUGUCGGAUGAUGACGGUGAUAAUGAUGCCACUGCUGUUCGUCAAAAUACCAAGCGUCAACAGCAGGCAACUUAUGAUGGACCUGAUGAAGAUGACGAACAAGUGAUUGAGCAUUUGGCCGAUAUUGAGAUGGCAAACGAUGACGACAAGGUCUCGGUAAACACAGAUCCUGACUCAGUAAAUGAUGCUGACGAUGGUCUCGAUUUGGAUGGGUUUGAGACUGAAAAGCAUACUAAUGGCAUUAACCGUAGCGUACGUAUUCAACGUGCAAGCCGAUUUGUAUCUGGGUACAAGUUCCAUAAAGGUAGUUUGCGAUACUGUGAGUUGACAUAUGAGCUUUCAACCGACACAAAAAAGAUUCUCAUGCUACCACUAGUCGAAGAGGUGUGUUCCAAUCUAAUUGUUCGUCAAGUUCCUGGCGUGUCUCGGUGCUACUACCUUCCCAAUGAAUCUGAAAAUGACAAAUCGGUCAACGUGGGCACGGAUGGUGUCAACUUGAAAGGUAUUUGGGAGUAUGACAAUGUGAUUGAUGUCAACAAAAUUGGCACCAAUGACAUUGCAGCCAUAUUACAUACCUAUGGUGUUGAGGCAGCACGUGCAGCCAUCAUGCAAGAAAUUGCUGGAGUGUUUGGUGUUUAUGGCAUCCAAGUCGAUUCGCGCCAUUUGAGUAUCAUUGCAGACUAUAUGACUUUUGAAGGAGGUUAUAAAGCGUUUAACCGCACUUGUAUGGGUUCCAAUCCCUCUCCGUUUUUGCAAAUGUCAUUUGAAACAACCACCAGCUUUUUGACUACAGCUACACUGACAGGUGAUUCGGAUCCAUUGGACUCUCCUUCUGCAAGAAUAGUCAUGGGACAAGCUGUAAAGACUGGAACAGGCUCGUUUAGUGUUUUGCAGCCGUUGGUUAGAUCUGCUCGAGGUUGAUGACUUGGUAUUGCAGCUGUAUUCAUGUGUCAUGGAAUACUUUUAUAUUCAUCUUGCAAUAGCUUUAUUUUGUUUUGGAAUAGACAAUAAUUAAAUAUUUGUUGCUAUUAG